GUGUUUCUCCGCAGCUAUUUGUCCUGGCUAUUUCAGGAAAGAAUUAAGUGGCGCCAUACGCAACUUCACUCUCUCAGGCCCAGGACCACUCGUCUACUCUACUGUCACGCAAAGCGAGGGCGCGUGCGAGUUCGCGUGUCACGUCCAUUCUGAAUGCUGGAUGAUUAACUACUGUCUCGGAUCGAAGAGAUGCGAGCUGCUUGCUGGCAACUCAGCCGGGUAUUCGCCUGUCUCAUCCGAAAACUGCAUGUUUAAGGCAAAAAAGUGUGAUCUGUCCCCGUGUGUAAAUGGUGGGACGUGCUUCAUGAUUGGUGCGAACAUAAACUGCGCAUGUACUGAACAAUUCGCCGGCCCGUACUGUUCUGUACCAUUGGUUAUGGAAGUGGCCAGUAACCCGGUCUGUUUCGAAGCUAAAGAUGGCAAAUACGGUGUGAUCCUGGCGCCCAGGGAAGGCCAGAUUCGAGGAUUCCGGUUCGUGCACAUAUCAGGCGGAGUCUGCUGGUACUCCUGCCCGGCUAAGGAAGGGUUUUGGGGGGGGACGUUUUUUGGAAAUGACGACAUUGAAGUACACAUAACGGACAACAAAUCGAGCAUUCCUGUAAUCUACCCUCCGAGUGGUGUGGCUAUAGAUUUUAGCUUUGGGCAGUACUCGUAUAAACUCGAAGGCGUCACCAAUAUGGACCCCGUACUGGAGCUUGUUCUAACAAGCCCCAUGGCAGUUACCGCUAGACAAGAGUUUCAGAUGUGGUUCGGCCAAGAUCUGUUUCACCGGAGCUGGGGGGGUGACAACUCUGGGAAAAGCUGCUCAACCGCCUAUUUGCUUUAUCAUCCAUGAAAAUGUAACCGGAAAAGGGCCACAGCUAGUUGAAGAGGAAGCUCAUUCCUGUAGAGACAUGGAAGACAAUGGUGUCUACCCAAUAGGCCUUUUGCAACUAAACAGUCACGUGGUUGUUCUUUUUCUUAGAGCAAAUCUACAAAAAAAAUCAACUGACCAUGACUGGAGAGCAAACAUACGAAAAGUAUUAUUUAGAAAAGUAUCAGUAACAAUAGUUAUCACAGUUGCACAUACCAAACAUUGUCUGAUACACAUUGUCAAAAAAAUCAAUGCCAAAUUAUUUAUUUCUCUAUAGAAUUGCAAUAUAUAAAUUUCUGUUAUCUAUUACAAGUUGUAUAUAAGCCUUCACACAUAAUGGAUCUAUUCCUGUUCUUCGACAUCCUUGGAGACACAGAGGUAACAGUUGGAUAAAGAUAGGCGAGGAAGAACAGAGAAAAGUAUACCCACAUAUCAGAAUUUUUGUUCGACCUCACUCCCCUAUCUUUAACCCACUGAAAUGUCCUUGUGAUGAUAUUUGUCAAGUCAGUAUCAAUGUGUUGAUCUAUUAACAUUAAUUCACCUCUAUUUCAGCUUUAAAGUCUAUCACCAUUUUUCAUAUCUAUUUAAAUUGGUGUAUUGCCAUUUGAUAUCAAACCACUCCUAGUUUAGUUUAGUCAACUCUCUUGUUGGGGGACACCCUAUAAAAAUAGUGCCCAAUUUAAAAGAUUUAAAUGUGAUUUUGUCCAAAGUUGCACUUUAAAAGUGGCCACUAACAGUGUUCAAUAUCACAUCAACAGUAACAGAGUAUCAAAUACACAUAAACAACUACACAAUAAACAUGUGAUUGAGGCUUACUGUGAUUUAAAGAUUAAAGAUAGAAGACACACUGUA